AUGCAUGAUCUUGUUCGGAGUACUGCCAGAAAAAUUGCAUCCGAUCAACAUCAUAUGUUUACACUCCAGAAUACUACUGUUAGAGUGGAAGGAUGGCCAAGGAUAGAUGAACUCCAGAAGGUCACCUGGGUAAGUCUGCAUGACUGUGAUAUUCGUGAACUUCCAGAAGGGCUGGUAUGUCCAAAACUUGAACUUUUUGGAUGUUAUGAUGUAAACACCAAUUCGGCAGUGCAAAUCCCAAACAAUUUUUUUGAAGAGAUGAAGCAACUCAAAGUAUUAGAUUUAUCUCGAAUGCAACUUCCAUCGCUGCCCUUAUCACUUCACUGCCUUACGAAUCUUCGAACAUUGUGUUUGGAUGGAUGUAAGGUGGGAGACAUUGUUAUGAUUGCAAAGCUAAAGAAAUUAGAAAUUCUUAGCCUUACGGAUUCUGAUAUGGAACAGUUGCCCAGAGAAAUAGCACAGUUGACUCAUCUAAGGCUGUUAGAUUUAAGCGGUUCUUCGAAACUAAAAGUAAUUCCAUCAGAUGUCAUAUCAAGCUUGUCCCAAUUAGAGAAUUUGUGUAUGGCAAAUAGCUUUACUCAAUGGGAGGGGGAAGGAAAGAGUAAUGCUUGCCUUGCUGAGUUGAAGCAUUUGUCUCAUUUAACCUCUUUGGACAUACAAAUACGAGAUGCCAAGUUGUUGCCAAAAGACAUAGUCUUUGAUACCUUGGUGAGAUAUAGAAUAUUUGUAGGUGAUGUAUGGAGCUGGGGAGGAAUUUUUGAAGCCAAUAAUACAUUGAAGCUCAAUAAGUUCGAUACAAGCCUUCAUCUGGUGGAUGGUAUCAACAAGUUGUUGAAGAGAAUUGAAGAUCUACACUUGCGUGAAUUGUGUGGUGGUACUAAUGUUCUUUCCAAAUUAAAUAGGGAGGGUUUUCUUAAAUUAAAGCAUCUUAAUGUUGAAAGCAGUCCAGAGAUUCAAUAUAUUGUGACCUCGAUGGAUCUGACUUCAUCACAUGGUGCCUUUCCUGUUAUGGAGACCUUGUCUCUCAAUCAGUUGAUUAACUUGCAAGAAGUAUUCCAUGGCCAAUUUCCAGCAGGGUCCUUUGGUUGCUUGAGAAAAGUGGAAGUGGAAGAUUGCGACGGCUUGAAAUGUCUCUUCUCGUUGUUUGUGGCUAGAGGCCUGUCCCGACUUGAAGAAAUAAAAGUAACUAGAUGCAAGAGUAUGUUUGGGAUGGUUUCCCAAGAAAGGAAAGAAAUAAGAGAAGAUGCUGUUAAUGUGCCUCUGUUCCCUGAAUUGAGAUACUUGACAUUAGAGGACUUACCCAAGCUCAGUAAUUUCUGCUUUGAGGAGAACCCGGUGCUUUCAAGGCCUGCAAGCACAAUUGUUGGUCCUAGUACACCACCUCCCAACCAACCGGUAUGUCAAACCUUGAUAAUCCUUUCUAUGUAG